GUGCCAACAACACAGCCUCCGACGCCGCAGGUGCCAACAACACAGCCCCCCCCACCCCCCGCGGUGGGCCAACCCCCAAAAGCCCCCCCCCCGACGCCCCCAGGUUUGCCAACCAACACAGCCCUCCCCCCACGCCGCAGGUGGCCCAACCAACAAACCACCCCCCCCGACCCCCCCGCAGGUGCCCAACCAACCAGCCCCUCCCGACGCCGCAAAGGUUGCCCAACAACACAGCCUCCGACGCCGCAGGUGCCAACAACAGCCCUCCGAACCCCCCGCCCGGUGGGGAAACAAAAACGCCUUCGACGCCGCAAAAGGGGCCAACCCAACACAGCCCUCCCGACGCCCCAGGUGCCAACAACACCCGCCCUCCGAACGCCGCAAGGUUGGCCAAAACAAAACAAAGCCCUCCGACCCCCGCAGGUUGCCAACCAACACAGCCUCCGAAACGCCCGCAGGUGCCCCAAAAACACAGCCCCCCCCCGACGGGCCCCAGGUGCCCCAACAACACCAGCCCCCGAACCCGCAGGUUUGCCCAACCAAAACAGGCCUCCCCAACCCAGGCCGCAAAGGUUGCCAACAACACAGCCCUCCGAACGCCCGCCAGUGCCCCCCAAAAACACAGCCCCCCCUCCCGACGCCGCAGGUGCCAAACCACAACCAAAAAGCCUCCGACGCCCCCCAGGUGCCAACCAAAAACAGCCCUCCCCAAAGCCGCCCCGCCAGGUUGCAACAACAACAGCCCUCCCACGCCCCCCCAGGUGCCCCCCAACACAGCCUCCGACGCCGCCAAGUGGCAACAACACGCCAUAGCCCCUCAAUUUAAAAUAAAAGUGUAA